UCUCUCUCUCGCUCUCUUCUGUCAGAGCGCGCCUGUGGAAUUAUUUCAAACGCUUCAUGACUCAUCAGCCAAUGAAAUCCGCGCACGCUCUAUCUAUUUACUAAAAUCCUGUCCUCUAAGCCAAUCAGGUGCGAGUGGGCGUGUCCGGGCGAGUCGCGCCGGGGUAGAAACAGAGCUGAGCAGCAGCGGAGCUGUUUACUUGAGAAUGGCCGCUGCUGCGUGCAGUACGCAGAGCACACUGAACCCGUGCACUGGCAAACUUCACAGAGAGCAUCUGCGGAAAAGACAAGCUGCGCUUUUCUUUCUCACUAAUAUAUCCUUGGACGGACGUCCUGUGCGGAACGAUGUGAGCGCAGCGGGCCCAAGUGAUGCCGAGUUUCAGUGCUCUGAGAUCGGCGCGACUGUGAGCGAACUGUCCGCUGCGGCGAGUGGCGAUGGGACCUUCUCCAGCCUCUCUGUCCCCAGACUCGGGCUGCUCAACGUCCCGCCCAUCCUGGUUCUGCCAUCGGAUUCUGGGUUUAGUAACGUCGGGAGUACCGACAUCUUCUUGGAGAGGGAGAGGGGCUCGUUCUCCUCGCAGAGCAAUCUCCUGUCCCCGUGCAGUCUGCAGCCCACUCCGCUCGGAGCGCGGAAGUCUCCGACGCUGCUGUCAGUGCAGAGCUGCGGCUCUUCGCUGGAGUCUCGACCGCGGAGUCGGAACCCAUCUGGCUCUCCUCGUCCACGCUCCGUGAAGAAAGUCCACUUUAUUAAGAACAUGAGGCAGUAUGACACCAGGGGCAGCAGGAUCGUGCUUAUCUGCGCCAAAAGGUCUUUGUGUGCCGCCUUCUCUGUGCUGCCCUAUGGAGAGAGCUUUCAUAUCAGUGAUCCUCAUCUGGAUGCUCAGCGGCGGAGGCACUCAUCUGGAGGAAUAUCCACUACCCUAGAGAUGCUUCCGGGGCUGGAGGGGGUGGAGCUGGACAUGUACGGCAGGACGGUGUCGUACGCUCAAUUCCUGUACCCCACUAACGCUCUGGACCACCACAAGCCCGCAGUGGAUCUUGCCCUACCCAUGCCCUUUUCCAGAAACAGCAUCCCUUGCAGUUAUCCUCCCUCUCGCCUCAACAGCACCAUCGGCCUGGACCUGGGCCUUGAAGACCCUGACUAUGACCCUAACGUGCUCAGUGACCCACGGUGGCCAUGUGGAAAACACAAAAGAGUGCUCAUCUUUGCCUCAUACAUGACAACAGUAAUAGAGUACGUCAAACCAUCAGAUCUGAAGAAGGACAUGAAUGAGACCUUUAAGGAAAAAUUCCCCCACAUCAAACUCACACUGAGCAAAAUCAGAAGUUUGAAGAGAGAAAUCUGUUCAGUGGGAGAGGAGUCUUCCUUGCAGCCGGUCACCAUAGCCAUGGCAUUUGUGUACUUCGAGAAGCUGGUCCUACAGGGGCGUCUCAACAAGCAGAACAGGAAGCUGGUGGCGGCCGCAUGCCUCCUACUCGCCGCCAAGAUUAGCAGCGACCUGAAGAAACAAGAGGUCAAACAACUGAUUGAUAAAUUGGAGGAGAGGUUUCGGAUUAGCCGUCGGGAGCUGAUUGUUUUCGAGUUCACUAUCUUGGUGGCUCUGGAAAUGGCACUUUACCUACCGGAGAGUAAAGUCAUGCCCCACUACCGCAGGCUACUGCAGCAGACCUGACGUGGGUGGAGCGGAGGUUCAGGGCCGUUGUGAAUAUGCAGAUGAGAUGCAUAAAGCAGCCGAACUUGUGGGACUCUGCGUUCCCGCUAUAUUGCAGUUUGAGGUAUCAGAGCGAAUACACAUCAACACAAAGCUCUAAAGAAGAACUGACGUUCCAAGUGAUGCUUUUUAUAGCAAUCUGGCAAGCAGCAUUUCUUUUUUUCAUGGCUGUCUGUUUUUGUGACCAACAUGGGAAUACUGCUGAGAAAAACAACACGGAUCUUCUUUUAUUGAAAACAGAAGGACUAAACACUUAAACGACAAGGGAGGAGUUUAACUCUUAAAAUGUACAAGUGUGCAUGCAUGUUGUUAACAUUCCGUAUCUAUUUACCAAAAAUAACUUUUAUUUAAUUUAGACCUGUCCUUUUAUAUAGAACAGCCUACCAUUCACUGUAACACUAAAGCACUUUAAUAUAUGUACUUUUUUCAUGUAAAACCUUAUGCAAUAAUAAUAUAGUCAUUAGUACAGAUUACAUAAUAUACAGUAUAUGCACAUACUUUAGUAGCAUACUCAGAAAGUGUUACUGAGUGAUUGACUAAAUCUAACUUAGUAUUUAAACCUAGUAUGUUCUUUGUCAUUGAUAAGGCUUGAUUUUAUUGUGAUGAGUUCUCUAUAUUAGAGCUGAUUUCAAGAAUAGCACAUUUUCAGUGCUGCCGUGAUGUUCUCACUUUUUCUUUUU